AUGAGCACAGUACACUCCAAAAUUAACACCGAAGGAGCAGAGAUGAAGACUCAAUGGGAAGCGUAUAAAGGAGCUCUCGGCUCUGUUAUUGCGAGCAACGUUCAAAUCGGCGCGUAUAUGAAUGCUGUGAAAGAGAUGGAUAGGGCAGUGGCCAAUGCGAUGAGUGGCGUAAAGGGCGCAAACAAAGAUUUGUUAUACAAGUGGUGUGCUUCGAAAGCCACGUUCUCGAGCUUUGUACUCGGCAAUGUCUCUCUUGAGGCCUACAGUAGCCAAAUCGAUGCUAUGGAUAUGCGCGUAGAAAAGCUGUCAGGAUUGAAGAUGCCUUAG